UAACAUAAUCUUUGCGGCCAGCCACGUAAUCUUUUGUAACGUACCUUCUAUGCAGUUUGUAAUCGAGUAUUCACUUAUUGCUGAAGCCGUGCCGACAACACAACCGACGCCUUUGGGCAUUGGUCGCCAACUCAAUAGUCCAGAAAGUGGCAACGGCAAUAUUACAGAGAUUUUUGAACACUUGCACACAAAUUGGCCUAUUAACGAUUCAGUAGUUAUUUUAUGGACAGCAGCGGAGGUCGACUGGAAGUACCUGCCUACAAAUGUUUUCGAAGAUAUCAAUCAUCAGUUAAAGUAUUACUAUGUGUUGCUUCAACGUAAGGGCUAUUCGCUAUAUAAAGUCGUGAAAAAAGCGUUAUUACCAAGCAAGCCAAUCAAAACCGGCUAUAAUGUGAUCUUUAAGCCAAUUAGCAAUUUUUCAAUCAAUGUUGGAUUCACAUUCAAUCUUGGGGCAAGUGGAAAUUUAAAUUUUUUUUGAUUACUCGGC